UAGUUAGUCUGUUGGGUGCUCUCCUUUGGUUGAUACAGAGGGCAUGGGAUUCCCAUAAAAUGGAGGCAAUACACGGCAAUGCGUAAUACCACCCAAGAGACGCAGACGAACAACACUUUUCAACUCCUCCCUUUCGCCUUCCCUCCAUCGAUUUUACCUCGCCUUCUUGACUGUGUGCUUUUUAUUUAGGCAUGUAGCAAGUUGGGACAUUUCACUUCGCGCGCUUCAUAAAUGUGGGCUCGUUUCCUCAUUUUUCAACCCAUGCACAUAUUUUGACACUGGCUUGCCUCUCUGUUCUACUGUCGUCUUUCAGCGAAGAACGACAUCUUUGCCAAUUAUUAGGCGACAUUUGUAGGCUACUUUGGCUGUCACAUGUGUAAUUUAGUAAGCAGACUGUGAUAAGAAGAUUUUGGACCGAAGAACGUUGUGGAUUUGGCUUUAGCUGUUCACAGCACAGACAGGUUAUUACGGAAAGGGCAGACACACCACGAGGACAGGGAAGAGGAGGAUGACGGAAGGAUAAACGACAAGAGGAGAGGACCAGGAAGGAACGCGGAGAGGGAGGGAUGAGAAAGAGACUGAAAUAAGAGGAGGAAGCGGAACUCCAAAGUGCCUACUGUGAGUGGCUGGCUGCAGGUCCAGUGCUUGGCUGCGUAAGUGUUCGGCUGCUGCUGCUGUGUUGCUGUCGCUGUCCGCCUGGCGCUGCGUGGGAGCCCUCCUCCGAGCCCUCCAGGGUAGGUGAGAGAGAAGAGGAGCGCUGUGUGUGUUUGGCCUUGAACGAGGAUAUAUUUCACCCUGACAGCCAGAGAGUCAUCUGUCCUCCUGCUGAUCUGCAACCCCCUCCUCCCCCCCCUCCUCCCCACCCGUCACCUCGGCUCAUCGAUACAAGGACACUGGUCGAUAAGGCUGUGUGCUCUUUCUAUCUUUCCGUUUCCCUAACGACCUGAAUCGUCCGUACUUAUCGCUCCAGUUCCGAGUUCAUCCCGAAACUCACCGUGCGGACGUGAGUAUGACUGUGAGAGACUGUGGAUAUCCGAGGUGAUUUGGGUGUGUAAAGACAAAGUCAAAUAUAGGGAGUGGCCUGAGGGGAGAAAGAUAUCGAAACUGACGGUGACAGACUCAUCAGGACACAGAGGGUACAAGAACACGUCAUCUGAAUGCCUCCUUGUAGGACAACGCCUGUCCAAACUACGUUUCCCAGAAUGCCACACUGAGGAGCCCUCUCUUGUGAUGAGACAGAGCUGGCCUCUGCUCACUGCCUAGGCCUGUUAUCUCAACCUGAAACCCAUAGAUCUCUCACCUGGACUGGCCCUGGAAGAAUCGAGACUAGUCCUACUCAUCUUAAAACCCAAAAGGACCUGCUUUUGAUUUGUGCCCGGGAUAAUUUUAGAUUUUUACUCUCUUGUCAAGGAGUUUUUGUGUGUACAUUUGAGUGUUCCAUCACUUGCCUUUGUGUACGCAGUCUUAUUUUUUCUUCACUUUGCUCCUCGCACCACACGUCUGCCAUCUGUGUGUGUGCCUGUGUGUGAGAGGCCGUGAUGGCGGUCAGUAUGGCCAUGGGGCGGGACACUAAAUGGCUGACCCUGGAGGUGUGUCGGGAGUUCCAGAGAGGCACUUGCUCGCGGUCGGAUGCCGAGUGCAAGUUUGCCCACCCUUCCCGCAGCUGCCACGUGGAGAAUGGCCGAGUCAUCGCCUGCUUUGACUCACUCAAGGGCCGCUGCACGCGUGACAACUGUAAAUAUCUGCACCCCCCUCCACACCUCAAGACGCAGCUGGAGAUCAACGGCAGGAACAACCUGAUCCAGCAGAAGACAGCAGCCGCCAUGUUGGCCCAACAGAUGCAGUUCAUGCUGCCAGGGGCCCAGCUGCAGCCAAUAACCACGUUCCCGGUGACCCCGUCCCUGGCUACCAGUCCCAGCAUGGCGUUCAGCCCCUAUCUGAGCCACAUGGGUCCAGGCAUGGGCCUGAUGCCUGAGCUACUGCCCAGCGGGCCCCUGCUGGUCCCAGGGAGCCCCACCGGCCUGGCCAGCAUGGGCAACGGCAGCUCUGCACACAAACACAUGCGUACAGACAAGCUGGAGGUGUGUCGUGAGUUCCAGCGGGGUAACUGCACGCGGGGCGAGAGUGACUGCCGCUACGCCCACCCCCUGGAGGCAGCCAUGGUAGACGGCAGUGAGAACUCGGUCAUCGUCUGCAUGGACUACAUCAAGGGCCGCUGCAGCCGCGACAAGUGCAAGUACUUCCACCCCCCUGCUCACCUGCAGGCCAGGAUCAAGGCUGCCCAGCACCAAGCCAGUCAGAACGCCGCCACUGGCACCAUGGCCCUGCCCCCUGGGGCCAUGCAGCCGCUACCAAAGAGGCCCUCUCUGGAGAAGAGCAACGGGGCGGCGGCUGUCUUCAACCCCAGCAUGUUCCACUACCAGCAGGCCCUGGCUAACAUGCAGCUGCAGCAGCAAGCCUUCAUCCCCACUGGCUCAGUCCUGUGCAUGGCGCCCUCAGGAGGCAUGGGGCUAAUGAAACCCCCAGUCCCGCUGGCAGCGGAGGGCCGCUGGGAGAGGCGGGACUGGAGCAGCUGCAGGCACCCCCACAGCCGCCUCAUGUCAGUGCCUGGAUAUGCUGUGGAAGGGUUUCAUGUUUCCUCUUCCUGCUCCGCCCUCUCUCUUCCAGUAGACCCUUCGGAGGUUCUGAGUGCCGACCCAAUGGAUCUUCAGUGCAUCCCCAUGGAAACCCACUUCUGUCCUCUCCCCAAACUGCUGGUUGCAGCUCCUGUGGCGCUGAACCCAGUAAGCCUCUCUCGAAACCCCAGUUAAACUACCCAUAAACAUAGUCACCGCCCCCCCCCCCCCUCCCCCCAUCAGUCAGUUCCUCUUUGCCAACUGACCCUACCCAAGAACACAGCCAAUUAUCUGAAUGCAUCUAACAUGUGCCUAACCUACAGUGCACCCCAAGUGAGAGGUAGUGGUAACCUCAUUUAGGAGGUACUCACGUAAUCAAUUUGUCAACAAUGUUGAUAUAUACACAGGCAAUACUUAAGCUUGGACCCAUUACUGUUGAUAGAAACCAGCCAUCCUGAUGCACACUAACUUGAAGGAGCAGGCUGACUGAGGAAAUACAGCUCCUAAUUCCUUACAGCCAUACACGCUCACACCUUUAACACACACACACACACAACAGUAGAAUCAGCAACCCCUCACAGAGACCAUGCUGUGGAUGUGAAUGAGGAUUGAGAUCUAAUGAUCCUAAAUAUUUGACUUUUUUGGAAAGCAAUUUUCCUGAUGUUGGAUGCACCUGCAGUGGGGUUUUAGAAUUCUAUGACAUUUUAACUUUUUCCUUUUUUUUGUAUUAAUUUAAGUAAUUGUAGUGGGUCAUAUCAUGUUUACGUUUAAAUGUAAUGACAGUUGAAAUGUGUUGUGUUAUAUAUAUGAACCCAUUUGCAUUUUGAUUGUUUAUUUGUCUGUGCCUUUAAUUUAUCCCUAAACUGAAGGGAGUUGUUUUAUUACCAUAAACAAUUUAAAGUGAUUAAAACUAAUUAAAAGACUCAGUUAGCCUAAGAUAAAAUGCAAAGUCUGAAUAAUAUACUUUCCAGAUGUGGUUUCUCUGAACACAUAGAAAAGGCUAUAUCCCAAAUACCAAUGAAUUGAGUUAAAAUGUUUUACCCUUAAAACAUUAAUGUACAGUAUGUUACAGAUGACCAUUGGAUAUUUUUAAAGCUCACUAAGAUGUAUUGUUUAUCAUGUAACCUCAAAAAGAUUCCCGUCCCCUGAAAGAUACUCAUGUGUUGCUUUGAUUAUAACAGAAAAUGAGGCAGUGUUUUGUGGGUUACAGCUCUCAGUUGGUGUUGUUACACCCAAGACAGUAAUGUUUGAGAGGUAACAUUUAAAAUAUAUUGUCAAAUCAAAUCAGUAGCCUGACACAAGGGAUUGUGAUAUCAUUAUUGUGAUAGUGAGUGUGGGACUAAAUUAAGAGAUACUUUCAAGAAUGUGGUUCUUGACUCCUUGGUUCUAGAACAAGCUGCCUUAUACAGCAGAGGUGGGGUACCUUAUGUAUUGUUUGUAUUAAUCUAACAAAGGAUUAACUAGAUUAGAGGGCUCAGAUGGUUGGAGCUACAGCUGCAUUAGUGGGUUAGUGCUAUGACUUGAUUUGCAAUCCAGACUUUGUUAGCUCCCAUUGUGCAAUGUAAAGGAAAGACAAUCUAAAGGAGCUCACUGUCCACCAGGUAUGAUUGACUGCUUAUCUUGGUCUCGGUGCCACACAAGCUCUCUGCGCACUGCUGGACUGUCACCGGAAAUCUCCUCAUGACAUGAUAUUAAAACCAAAAAUUUAUUGUGAAGAUGAAGAAUAUUAGGCUUCUCAUUUGUUCUUUCUAGAACUUUUCUGUACUGAGUGGCAGAUGGUGGAACUACGGUGUUGUUUUCUGGUUUGAGUUUAACAUCCUGCCUUUGUGCCAAGGUUUCUUUCACAAAGGUCUGUCUGUGCCAAUCAGGUGGAGCGGGGUGUGUACACAGAGAGCAACCCUCCUUAACUAAAUGCUGUCAGAUUGAUACCUGAAGGAAUUGUCCCCACUGAUUUAAGAUGUUACUUCUCCAACUGAUGUCAAUGAGUUUGUGCUAAAGAAUCAGUGUCUGAUGUAAUCCCUCACAUUCUUUAAUCAAGAAGAAAGUGGUACAUUCAUUUGUAUCUGUUUUACGGCUCUGCAGGGAGUACGUUUAGAGAGCUCGAAAAAUGUCUGUGUUUAAAGAUGUAUUUGAUUCUUGUCACUGAUUGUGUCCUUACUUUCAAGUCGGCAGACUCUAAAUGACAGAACUACAGUGGUCAGGUGGUCUUGUACAUAGUUUAGUCAAGGAAAGACUUAAUUGUAAAAGCCAGAGACACAAUAAGAAAGUUUUGAUGGACUAGAUGAUGGUUUGCUGUUUGAAAUCAUCUGUUUGCAGUAAAGAGAAAAUAGGGUAAAUAAUGUUGUUGACAUUACAUCAAGAUUUGUUUGAAUGUGCCCUCUCACUUGUCUCAAGUCUCCUUUACCCAACCACAGUCCAUACACUGUAAUGACAGACAAAUCCUUAAGAACAGGUGCGUUAAUUAGCACUUUUAUCUUCUAUGUUGUGUCUCUGUAGUUUCUUCUUUGAAACAGCUGUGCUGUCUCAUCUUUGAUGAUGUAAAAAUUGUCACACUGAGUAGUCUAUAUAGAUGUUUUGAUGACUAGACACAGAGUCGCCUAUUGAGGUAGUUUUGACAUAUUAAAAUGUAAAAACAUUUUCCUCGUUGGAAACAUUAUCAGACAGCCGUUCAUGUUUUAGUCAUGUCAUUGUGUGGUGAAUGUAUCUAAUAAUGCAAAAAUUCUGAACAUGUCCAUUUAAAAGACCGGCAUGUUUAAAUGUGUUGAUUUACUACAUAGGCUAUUUCGAAAAGGUCAAAUAAAAACCACAUUAAGACAAUAUACUGUGUUAAAAAAUGUUAAGUAUGUGUAUUGUCAUAUAGAUUUAUAUUUAAUGUUUGUGGGUGUGAAGACUACUUUCAGAAACAACUUUGGGCAAAUGUGGUCCUUGCAUUUUAUAGCCAUUCUUUGAAGCAUUGAAAUGCUUUUUUCAAGGCAGAAAUGAUCCUUUCUGAAUCAAUGAAAUUGAUUAUUAGAAUGUCCAGGCAAAUUAAUUUGUCUAAAUCUUAUAGCUUUGAAGUACUUGAUUUGCCCAGCCAAGAUGAAAAUAUCUCUCUCUCUCUUCUAUCUCUCUCCCUUCUGUCUUUCUGUCACAUCAUUAUGCCUUCUCCAACUGCUACCCAGCUGGAAAUAACAAAAUACUUGAUGAAAAAGUUGUGCCUCUCUUGGGGGCUUUAGCAUAAGUGUUUCAGUACACUGACAUUUUUAAGAAAGUGUGUAUUCCUUGUACAAGAAAAUAGUUAGCUAGAGUAAUUGUAGUGUAAAUGGUACAAAUAUAUUGUUAUUUUUUCCUUGUACUGUUAUGUUCCAAAGUUUCUCUCUCUCUCAAUGGUAAUUCAUAGAAUCUUCAUCACAAAUAAUUUCUCAAUUGUUGUAACAAAGGUGUGACUACUAUCCACAGACAGAACUAUUAGGGAUAAUUUAACAAAUUUUGUUUGAUAAAAAAGAAAACAUAGCAUGACUAUAAAGUAAUCUUCAUUUAUACAUAAUUCAUAGUUUCUGUAGAUUGCCAUUUAAGGAAAACAAUAAAAUACAAUAUAUGAAAAUAUAUACAUUUGUAUCUAUACAAUGAUAGAUUCAUUGUUACUUAAUAGUACGUUGUUGUUGCAAUGGCAACAAAAUGACAACAUGGCUACCUUUGUAUAUCUUAAUUGUGAAUUUUUUCACAUAUGAAUUGAAAUAAUGUACUACACUAACUUAUUCAGAAAGGGAAUGUCUAGUUAGAUUGUCUUGGAUUGCGAAAUUAUUAUUUUUUAAGAAAAAAAGUUAAAUCCUUAAUGUCCAAAGGUCCUCUGGGGAGAUCAGGUGUUUGUUUUGUUUAUCUUUUGGGGUCUUAAAAGUUUUUGUUUAGUUUUGUUUUUUUUAAGUAAGAAUGCAUCUAAGAUCUUUAAAGCGACCACCAACAGUAUGUCUAUCUAGGUGGAAAAGAGACUUCUGGACUUGAUACAAGAUUUAAAUGACUCGGCUUAAAGACAUCAUUGUAUACUUCCUGUUUGGUCUUAUCACCAUGUUAUAUUCAAUUUAAAAAGGCACUCAAAAUGACAUUUGCCUAUGCAGAGAUAUCUGUUUUCAGUAUUGAAAAAUUAAUCUCAUAUUCCUGGGAUAGCCUCUUGCACCAGAAAGAGCUGAUUUAACAAAUGUCUUGGAUUGGUCUUUAAGUAUAGUCUCUUUGCCCCCUCUGGCCUGUCCAGCUGUGCUGGGAAAUGUCGAUGCUCGCUUGAGCUUAGUUUGUUCAACCGGUGUACGAAUGUGUGAUAUUCACCUUGUUUGCACUUAUGUACAUAACGAAGUCAAAAUAUUCCAAAUUUAUUUUGAAUAAAUAUAGAGAAAAGAACUGAUAAAAAUAAAAUACCUGUAUUGUUAAAAAUAACAAUUAUAAUUUUAAUACAGUGUAAAAAGAUAGUUGUUUUUGAGGGAUUUGUCUUUUUUGUUUUCUUUGCUAGUGCCCUACUCUUCUCAAAGCAUGACAUUGCCCGCUGUAAAAGACAAACAGUAAACAAUAUGCGUCAAAAGAAGCUUCAUGUUUUGCUAUACCUUAUAGAGGCACAGUUUGUAAGUCCAACUAUAUCUGAUCCUGACAGUCAGAUGUGUAAUUGGUAUGUUCAUGGGUUGAAUUGAUAUGAAGAUCAAAUGAUAAUAAGAUAUUUUCUACAUUGAAGUUGUGGUAUCAGAAUUUGUUUUUUCCCAGAAUAAAUAUAUGGUCAGCCUACACAUCAUAAAUACUGAACUACAUAUAUUUAGUAUUACAUCAAAAUUCACCCUUAUGUGGAGCAAAUAUAUUGUGUCCGUGUUCCCCCUGCAGGCUGUCUGGGAAAUGGUAUGUGGCCAAAAAACAAUCAGAUGUCAGGAUCAGAUGAUAGUGGGGAAUGGGUGUGAGUAGUAUUAAAAAAAUGUUUUGUAAGUUCAUUUGUAUUACGUUUGUAAAAGGGUUAUUCUUUGCUUAGCCAUCAGAAACCAAAACAACAAUAAAUCUGAAUUCUCCACAGGAUUUUAGUCCAAAUUUAAAAAGGAACUUUUCUUUCUUUUUUACAAUCACAUAGUUGCUAAACAAACAUCCCCAACUAAAGCCUCUCUGUUUGUGCAAACUUUUGAUGUACAUUUGAUGCUCUUCAAUUGCUUUGGAAGCCAAUGAUUUUGUUGCCAUGGCACUCGUCAUUAGGGUGGUGGAGGGACUUGAGUCUCAGCAGGCCAUUGGAUAAGAUCAGUCCAAGGCCUUAAGAUUGUAACGAGAACAGAGCUGCAAUAGACUUAAAGUCAGGACUCCCAGCUAGUACUAACUGAACAUGGUUAUAAUUUGUUCUACUACCCUUCCCAUAAAUUGCCACUGUGCUUAGUCAUAUGAAAGCUAAUUAUUUUGUGUCAAGGAACUGUUAUGAAAGGUUUUGUUUUGUUUAUUUACAGUUGCAGAACUUGCUAAGUAUGUGACGGAUGUUACAACAACCUGUACCUAUACCAAUUCCAGUGUCCAUAUAAUAUAUCCCUUUAACGUUGAGAGUGAUGUUUGCUGCCUGGGUGUCAGGCGUGGUUUCUGCUUGACAAAAUAACAUCACCAUGGUGAGAAUAAAGCACCUAAGGUAAGAAGCUGGGGUCUGUGCAUGCAAAUGAAUGUUCAGGAUAUUUAAAAGCCAUAUGACAAGAGCUCCUCUCUCCUCCACUCUAAGACAAACUUGAAAUUGACAGCUUUGAUUCUUGGUAUUAAAUGCUUCUCUAAUUCACUUUCUAUUUAGCUGUUUGUGCUUGUAUGUGCUAGCGAACUGUGCUCAAUGCCAAUUUAUUUCGCUAUGUAUAAAUAUAUAGAUGCACACUGUAAUGUAUGACUUCUGUUAUUUUUGUUUUAUCUUUAAUAAAGCACUUAAUGGUGAA